CAGACAAUCCCCAGUCUCCCUCUCUCCUUCCCUCCGAAACCCAAACUCAAAUCCUCCUACCACGACCCCGCGGCGACCAGCCCCGCCGGCCGCAGCGCCGAUUGGCCGGGGUCUCUGGAGGAUACGACGCGCGGUCGUGGGCGCGGGGGGAGAAGGGAGAAGAUGCCCGCCUUGAGAUGCGGCGAUGCAUGGAGUGCCGGGCCGAGGCGGAGAUGGUGACCAUCCCCAUGUUCGACGGCGCCCUCAUUCCGCAAAGUGUCUGCUCCCUGGCUGGCUCUCACGAUGCAGUUACCAAGAAUGAAUGACAAGUAUUUCUCCACAAAUCAAAGUGAGCCAGUACUAUAAGCUUUAUUUGUUCUCAUGCUAAACAUUAUCGAUGGCCUUCUGCAGCUGUUUUAACAAUGGAACUGCGCCACAGCCAAACAGUUAACUUAGAAUGACAAGGUAGAGUACCGGGGAGAAUGAGAAUCUGUAGCACGGCACUAGCAGGCUACCACCAAGGAACAAGGCCAAGGUCUCAUCCGUGAAAGAUUAAGGUUACUUUGCAGGGAGAUGAGGCCCAUCCCAAGACAUGACAGAUGGAUGGAUGGAUGGAGAGCUAGCUAGGCGCACUGCGUGGACUACUAAUUUACUACUCCUACUUCCUACUAAAACAAUUAGAGGACGUUUCUCUCUUGUCUGCACCUAAUUAUCUAUCCUGUGACCUUGUUGCACCAUUUGAUUACAACAGCCUGCAGAUUAAACCACGCCACAGGCCACACCACCGGCUCCCGAUAAUCUAAUGCUUGCCGCAUGUGAAGAUUAUAUCGAUCAUUACAUUUAUUUCUGCUCUGGGCAAAUUGGAUGGACGGCGCAUACCUACAUUAGAUUAAAUCGCAACAAGGUAGCACCUACCAAUACCAAUUAAAUGGUCUCUUCAGCUGCUAGCGAGCUACUGAUCAUGCAUGUGUCUUGUAGCCUUGUACAAGAGCAAGGCUCCACGUGGAUGGCCAGGUAAACAAAAGAGGUUUAGCAGCACACCACCCCAAGUGAUUGAUUAGCGAGAAGCAUUAGUACUACUAUAUAUCUGCAGAAAUUGCACUCCACCAUCCAUGGCAAUGGCAUCUUCCUUCCUUUCUCCUCUCCUGAUAAAUACAUCAUGAACAACCAGUCUCUCUGCUCACCAGGCAACCUAGCUACUCUCAUUACUCUUUUGAUUGCUCCUGUCCUGUACUGAUAUGCUGCUAGCUUUUGUUAAUUAUAUGCCAAUAUGUGCUAUGCAACCCUCCUCUGAGCAAAAGCCCACAUACACACACCACCUUCCUCACUCUCUCUAAUUGAGUAGAGCCGCUGUAGCCCUGCCCACACCCAGUAGGCGGUGGAGCACCAUAGCCACAGCCUGUGCCUCUUGUGCAUCGUCCUGUUCGAUCUCUUCUCCUUGAGAUCAAACUAAAACCAGCCAUGGUGAAGAAGCUUGGCCUAACAUCCCUCAUCUUCAGCAGCAAGCAGGUGGACAGUGCUGCCAGUACCAGUGGCGCUGCACCUUCCUCCGUGGCCUCGUCCUCCAUGUCUGCCACCUCGUGGCAAUGGCCGUCCUGCAAGCAGCCAAGGACCCUCUCCUUCAGGCAGCAGCAGCACCACCAGACGGCGUACAAGACCAUGAACUCGGCCUACUUGCCAGACUCCGGCGCGGACUCGUGCUUCUCCAACUCCUUCGCCUCGGUCGGCGACAGCCUCUCCACGGCGUCCGAGGCCGCCUCCGGGCUCGUUGAGGCCAACGAGCGAGAGACGGUCAUCCGCGCCCUGCGCUCCGGCCGCCUCUUCUUCGAGCCCCACGCAACGCCGGCCACCUCCUCCUCCAUCCUCGACGAGGCCAACCUGAAGGUGAAGGACAGCGACACUACCACCGUUACCACCUGCUGCGGCAGCGGGAAGGUCGACAAGACGGCGCCAUUCGAGGGAGCGACGGCGCUGACCAUGGACUCGUCGAACCCGUACCGCGACUUCCGGGCGUCCAUGGAGGAGAUGGUAAUGAGCCAUGGCGUCAAGGACUGGUGCUGGUUGGAGAAGAUGCUGGGGUGGUACCUCAGGGCCAACGGCAAGAGCACCCACGGCCUCAUCGUCGGCGCCUUCGUCGACCUGCUCGUCGCGCUCAGCGACACCGCCUCGCCGUCCUCCCCGACCACCGCCAGCACCAACCGCUCGUCCUCCUUCAGCGGCACCGACGAGAUCAAGGAGGAAGAAGGAUGAACCGAGCUCAACUGGUACAUAUGAUUAUGAUUAGUUGUCCCUUGCUGCCAUGAUUCGCGUCAAGUGCUGUUAAUUCCCAGCCGGAUGCAGUGCAGCUUGAUCAAGCGUGAGGUUAGCAGUAUUGAUUCCAUUUAUUUAUCUUUUGCAAGAAGCUGCUGGCUAGCUAUUGUGUGAUUGCCUGCCAGUUAACUCCCCGUGCGCGCGUGCGCGCCUACCUAACUGAUUGUUUGCUAGCUAGGUGAGUACGUACUGUAUUUGAAUUUGUGUGCACAGCCCGGAUAUUGCGUAUGAGAAAACCAAAUGAAAUGUAAAAAACUAUAAAUAUAUAUAUCGUGUGUGUUGUCUGCAAGCAUGUUUGGGACGCGAGAAUUUUCACCGGAAUUUGGUC